UUGGGCCGGAGCGGGUUUUCGGUCUGGAGUUGGCACUUGGGAGGGCAGCGGCCUUCGCGGAUCACCAUCACCAUCACCAGGUGCAGUCAGGGCGACGGUCCGUCAGCGGCCUGGACUGAGCAUGAGCGGCGGUGUGUACGGCGGAGAUGAGGUUGGUGCCCUUGUGUUUGACAUUGGGUCGUACACAGUCAGGGCUGGCUAUGCUGGAGAAGAUUGUCCAAAGGCAGACUUCCCAACAGCAAUUGGGAUGCUGUUGGAGAGGGAUGAUGGAAGUGCACCUAUGGAAAUAGAAGGAGACAAAGGAAAGUCAAGCGGCACAACUUAUUUCAUCGACACAAACUCUUUGCGAGUUCCAAGGGAAAAUAUGGAAGUUAUCUCUCCUUUGAAGAAUGGAAUGAUUGAAGACUGGGACAGUUUUCAAGCAAUUCUAGAUCACACAUAUAAGAAUCACAUAAAAUCUGAAGCUGGUCUACAUCCUGUUUUGAUGUCAGAGGCCCCAUGGAAUACAAGGGCAAAGAGGGAGCGGCUUACUGAGUUGAUGUUUGAACAUUAUAAUAUUCCAGCUUUUUUCCUGUGUAAAACAGCUGUGCUCACAGCAUUUGCAAAUGGCCGCUCCACAGGCUUAGUGUUAGAUAGUGGAGCCACGCACACCACGGCUAUUCCAGUACAUGAUGGAUAUGUUCUUCAACAAAGCAUUGUUAAGUCACCACUUGCAGGAGACUUCAUCUCCAUGCAGUGCAGGGAACUGUUUCAGGAAUUAAAUGUAGAAAUAAUCCCACCUUAUAUGAUUGCAUCAAAGGAAUCAGUGCGUGAGGGAUCACCACCUAAUUGGAAGAAGAAAGAGAAACUACCUCAGGUCACACGGUCCUGGCACAACUACAUGUGCAAUGAAGUGAUUCAGGAUUUCCAAGCUUCAGUGCUCCAGGUGUCUGAUUCUUCAUAUGAUGAACAAGUGGCUGCCCAAAUGCCCAGUGUUCAUUAUGAAUUUCCUAAUGGCUAUAACUGUGAUUUUGGUGCUGAACGACUAAGAAUUCCAGAAGGCUUGUUUGAUCCUUCCAAUGUCAAGGGUUUAUCUGGAAACACAAUGCUGGGUGUCAGCCACGUAGUGACCACAAGUGUUGGAAUGUGUGACAUUGAUAUUAGACCGGGUUUAUAUGGCAGUGUGAUUGCAGCAGGUGGAAACACAUUAAUACAGAGUUUCACAGACCGUUUGAACAGGGAGCUCUCCCAGAAAACUCCACCUAGCAUGCGGUUGAAGUUAAUGGCCAAUAACACCACAGUGGAACGAAGAUUUAGCUCCUGGAUUGGUGGGUCUAUUCUAGCCUCUUUGGGUACAUUCCAACAAAUGUGGAUCUCUAAGCAGGAAUAUGAAGAAGGAGGAAAGCAAUGUGUUGAAAGAAAAUGUCCUUAAAAUUAACCAAUAUUAUGGAUAUAUCAUCUGUGAAGAUUUUACCAGUCUUUACCUUUUUUUUGUCACCCUAACUCGGGUCCUCAGGAACAGUGCUGAACCUCUUGUACAAACACUUCUUUUUUUCUCCCUCUCCAUGGGCUUCUUUGUAUAGCGGCUAGAUAAUGUAUAUUUUAUAAAUGUUUUUAAAAAUUGUUCAGCCAAUUUUACUGACCAACCAGACCCCCAAAGACCUGUUUACAAACUUCCAAGAUAUUAUUUGUAUUAGAUUCAGAUUACACCAUGUUCCGGUAACACCAAAUAUUAUUACGCUAGUGAUAUUUUUGUAGUUGGUUAUGUUUUUUACACAGUAUAAAUGAACUGUUUAUCUUGUGCCUUUAAAUGAUAGCAGUUGUUUACAUGUCAGCUGAAAGCAAAUCUGGAGGUACAGCAGAAUAAACAUACUUGUGAUAGUCCUUAAUUACUCCUAACUACUGUUUAAAGAUUUUUCAAUUCCCUGUGCACUUCACAUCAUACUCACAUGGACUUAAUAUUUAAAUUGAGUCAGUUGUGUAAAAAUUUAAUUUUUUAUUUACAAGUUUUUUCAGUGCAAGAUUAACUUGAUGCAGACCGAUGUUGGAAUUUUUCCUUUAGUACUUUCUCUUCCUCCAUUUUUGCCUUUCUUGCAUUGUUGAUUUUACGUAGGUGCUUCUCAAUACGUCGCCUAGCAGAAAUCAAAAAAAUUGGCAGUUAACUUAUACUCAGUUCUUCCACAGCUUCACCUGAUUCUGUCAAACUCUGCCAGUGUCCAUCCUUGCACCCAAACAUGUUUAACCAUUUGUGCUGUCCUACAUUGUCUCCAAGUACCUCUAACCAAGGUUUUUUUUUUCACUUGCGAUUACAUUGCCUCGUGCUUGGCAUAAAAUUCUAUUCUAUAAUGCUGGAUAUCUAACUUCCUUCCUUUAUGCUCAAGCUUCGUUGGUGAUUAAUGAGCUAGUUAGCUGUAUGAAAUAAGUGCAGAGUCUAAACCAGUUCUUCUUCCAUUUCAACUGGUGAUAAUGAGUGUUGAUUGGCAAUUAGUAUUAUUGUUUAUUUGCACCAGCUAUUCUAGGAUACAACCUUCUAACCAGACUAACUUAAACAAGUCUGCAUUAGUGGAGAUUCAGAUUUUAUACCUCUAAUGACUAUUCAUUCUAUUUAAAUUUUUUAAGCCUUCAAUAAAAUACUUUAGGCAGUAUGAAACAGUACAGGCCACACAAAUACCAUUUCUUAUUCCCAACUAAGUACAUCAGUUUCUUGGUUUCCCUUUUUGUUUUUACAUAAAACUUAACAACCUUUACCAAUACAGCAAUAGAUGCUAACUCAGCAAUAGUUUUUAAACAAAUUUUACAGAAAAUGAAGCUGGAGCAAAAGAUGGCUAUAAACCAAGAACCAAACUUUUCAAUCCUACAAAAGAAAGCAUGUUUUAAAAAUAAAUUCAUUCAUGGGAUGUGGGUUGUCACUAGCCAGACCAGCACUUAUUAUCCAUUCCGAACUCCCCAGAGGGCAGUUAAGUGUCACCUACAGUACGGAGUGUAGCUUUCUAUGUAAGCCAAACCAGGUGAUUUUCUUUCCCUAAAGGGCACCAAUGGAUUUUUCUGACCAUCUACAAUCGUUUCAGGGUCAACAUGUGACUCCUAAUUCCACCAUCUACCAUGGCAGGAUUCAAACUGGGGUCCCCAGAACAUUACCAGGGUCUCUUGAUCAAUAGUCUAGCAAUAGUAGCAGUAGGCCAUCACCUCUGCUAAAAGCAUGCAAAUAGUGACUCUUGCUGCCAUUAAGACUUGUCCUCACAUGCAUUAAAGACAAUACUUCAAUAUUUCAGCAGUUUAACAUACUGUUACAAUCAUUCAAUAUAGAAAAUACUUGAACCAACACUAAUAAAAUACCAUAAAAGGUUGAAGAAAAUAAUGGAUGAUAUAACUGCAACCAUUAUAAAUUCAGCUGAACAGUAAACUGUUGAGAUAAUGAUUCCUUACCUAACAAAAAUAUCCACAAAUGGUGGCGUGUAAAAUCGUUUUCUUCUGUAUAUCUUGUUUAGGUACCAAGGAAUAGGCCAUUCCUUAAAUUUGUACCUAGAAAAGAAAAAUCGGAAGUAGAAGGCUUAACCCUGAUUUAGUAAACUUUUAUAGCAUCAUAAAAUCAGACAAUAUUUAUUGGAAUGCUACUUUGAAUAAACUGCAAUGCACUGGAUUACAUAAGUAUGACUUGCAUGAGUGGAUUCACUUGUAUUUAAAUAAUUGGAAAAUGUGUGUGGCAGAGUAUAAUUUUGGAUAGAGAAAUUGUACCGUGUCAAGUUAAACUCUCCAUUUCAAACUGUUCCAUAUUUUGUCAAUGAUUUGACAAAUAUCAAAUAUUUUCUAUCAGAAAUCAAAAACACAUGUAGGCAUUAAAAUUAUCUUCUAUUCCUAAUCAUAUUUUUGGAUAAGAGAUUUUUUUUUGUUAAACUCUGGUAUUUUAAUGUAACUAGAAAUAACAUUUCUCAAUCUUUUCAUAUCUUCCUCCAACAUGGCAAGUUCACCUCAACUUCCCAAUAAUGACUGCCAAAUGCAAAUCCUGGUGUUAUAACAAUGAAGUAUCUACCUGUUAUACUUGCAGUAGCUUUUAUCAUUAAAUUUUCAUUCAUUGGUUUGGAAA